AGUCACAUCACGUAAAAACGCCAGGCAUGCAGGGCCAUACGGAAUCAUAGGGCAGAGCCGGCAGCCUCUACUUCUCAACCCGAAUGCUGCUGUGUGGUGCCUCAGAGUUUUCCAAUACCCUCCAAAGCCCCAAACAGGAAUCCUGCAAUUAGCACAUCUAACUCCUCCUUUACUGCAGUCUUCUCUCCGAUUGGUGAAAGUCUCCACAGGCUCAUGUAGGGAUCCCACCCCUUUUGUGGGUUUUCAUUCUGAAGCUAUCCACAACUUUACACCUGAACGAAUGCCAAGCCUCUCUGAAUAUAUAAAGGAAACCUUCAAGAGCAAUUUCAGAGUUACCCAGAAGAAGCAGAAGAAAAAGAUUUCAUCCAGCUCUGUCAGAGACUGAGCCAGCCAUGCUUCUCCCUGCCAUCCACUUCUACGGCUUUCUCCUAGCUUGCAUCUUCACGAAAAGCUACUUGGCUUUCAAGAACGAUGCCACAGAGAUACUUUAUUCCCACGUUGUUAAACCUGCUGCAGCGAGCCCAAGCAGCAACAGCACGUUAAAUCAAGCCAGGAAUGGAGGCAGGCACUACACCAGCACUGGAUCCGACCGUAACAAUCGUGUUCAAGUUGGCUGUCGGGAACUGAGAUCCACCAAGUACAUUUCAGAUGGGCAGUGCACCAGCAUCAAUCCGCUGAAGGAGCUGGUGUGCGCUGGCGAAUGCCUCCCUUUGCCACUGCUUCCCAACUGGAUUGGAGGAGGUUAUGGAACCAAGUACUGGAGCAGGCGGAGCUCGCAGGAGUGGAGAUGUGUCAAUGACAAAACUCGCACCCAGAGGAUCCAGCUUCAGUGUCAGGAUGGAAGUAUAAGAACCUACAAAAUAACUGUGGUCACAGCCUGCAAGUGCAAGCGAUACACCAGGCAGCACAAUGAGUCCAGCCACAACUUUGAGGGAACCUCUCAAGCAAAACCUAUCCAGCACCACAAAGAGAGGAAAAGAGCCAGUAAAUCCAGCAAACAUAGUACAAGUUAGAAGUCAGACUCUCUCUCCUCUCUCCUCUCCCUCUCCUCCUGCCAAAAUUGAACUCACCUGUAACCAUUUGCUUUACCGUUCUGACUGCUUAAAGACAAGUCUGCCAUUGCUCUGCUCUCAGUUGACACUUACAUGCUUAUUGCUUUGACCAAAAUCAAAAGGGGCAUUCUCAGCAUAUGGACCUUUUGAGUGAUUUUCCAAAUGCUCAAGAUGGGGAACAACACAAGCCUUCUAAACUCACCCUAUAAACUUUUACAUUGUCUCCAGCUGUGGAAGCAAAGAAAAUUUGCCAUGAACGUUCACUGAAGUCUAUUUUGUAAAAAGAUGCUUCACAGUGUGUUUUCAUGAGAACAGUUAUCACAUCUAUUGCCUUCUAUAUAAUGUUUAAUGAACUUCUGACAACAGCUUAAAAACACACCACCUAGUACCUGCUUUCAGAUUCAUUCUAAAAAAAUUGCCUUGCAUGCUGACCUUUCUCUUAUCCCAGUAUACCAAAAAUUAAAAUAUGCAUGGCAGCAAUCAAAAAGUAAAGCUGAACAAACUA